AUGAGUUCUUUUGUGGGUUCUAGGGAGAUUUCGUGGCAGGAUUACAGGAUUGCCGGGACUGUCAGUCCCUGCUCAACUCUAUGUUCAUGGCAGCCCGGGAGUUUUCUGCUGCGAUCGUGGCGCCCGACGCCAUCGGCUGUGCGAGAGGAGCGAGCAGUGGCAGCGGGCUCUGGCGCUGCCGAGCGAGAUCUGGGAGGCGGGAUUGGAGCCCAGCGUCAUCAGGAUACAACAGGUAGGUGCGUCUCGCUGGCGCGGCGGCGUUGGAAGCAGCAGUUCACCUGGCACUGCGGAGACAACUGGCAGGAAGAGACGCUGGACAUGGAGAGGUGGGCGGAUUCCCGCGCAGCGUGGCUGACAGGCCGACAACGCUGGCAGAAAGAGUAG